AUGAAACCAUAUAUCGGAAUACCACUCGUGGUCGGGCUUGUCUAUCGAGCCUGGUCUCGCAAAUCCCUUACGCCGCUUGGCCUCGUCUUUGCGGGAUGUUCAGCCGCCGCACACGCGCUCCACCCAUGGUCUGCGCCAGUCGUGCUGCUUGCGGUGUUCUAUUUUGGCGGGACAAAGGCUACAAAGGUUAAACAUGACAUCAAGGCCACAUUGACCCUCUCCGCAACCGGUGCGCAAGGCGGCGAAGGCCCGCGAAAUCACCUCCAAGUCCUGGCCAACUCCUUUGUCGCCACUAUACUAUCGAUCGCGCAUGCGAUUGUCCUUGCCAAAACACCUGGCACUGAAUCGUGUUUCUCUCUCGGUCAGAAUGCGGCCGAUAUCUUGAUGGUCGGGAUUGUAGCGAACUAUGCCGCCGUCGCUGCAGACACGUUCUCCUCCGAGCUCGGUAUUCUCUCGAAAUCCAAACCCCGCCUUAUAACCUCGUUGAACCUCCGUGAAGUUCCCCCCGGUACAAACGGUGGUGUCACUACGACUGGUCUCGGAGCUGGUCUUCUAGGCUCGUUUAUUGUUUCUGCGACCUCUGCUGCGGUCCUUCCGUUCUGUGCCAGCGCCGGGUUGAGGGAUCGGGCUCUGUGGACCAUUGUCAUGACUGUUUGGGGUGCAUUGGGCAGUGUGCUUGACAGCAUCCUUGGCGCAACUCUACAGGCCAGUGUUGUCGAUAAGAUGAGUGGGAAAGUUGUAGAAGGGGAGGGUGGCCGAAAGGUGCUGAUUCACCCUUCGACGGGCAAGGGGAUCAAAGUCGCUGAUGCCCCUGCUGAGGCCACUGGCAGCUCGCUGCACAGUACCCCUACAUUGCGUGGCAGGCAAGCUACAGGCACCAUCGACGAAAGUCAUGAAAGCAGACGCCUUGAGAUUGGCCAUGACUGGCUGGACAAUAAUGGUGUCAACCUCCUCAUGGCUGCGACUAUGAGUGUUGGAGCCAUGGUGAUCUCGCAGUGGUUCUGGGGGUUGGACGUGUCUGAGUUGCUGGUGUAG